AAGUAACCGACUUCCGACAGUCCUGUUCCCCCCGCUUGGCCGUUUUCGAUACACACCUCCCAUCUUUAGACCUGCCCUAAGGUCUUCAAUAUGCCUCGGCCUCGGCUCAACUUCCUGGCGCAGGAUGUGCCGGGUGGUGCAGAGAUGAAGGCUUCAACCAGGGAAGUCAGCUGGGACGAGCUGCGCCAGCACAGCACGAAGGAGUCUUGCUGGGUCGUUAUCCAUGGGAAGGUCUGGGACGUGACUGGCUUCAUCAAUGCCCACCCUGGCGGCGCCCAAGUCAUUUUGAAGCACGCCGCGACCGACAUGACCCGGCCCUAUGCGGACGUCCACGACGAGGAGCUGGUAGAGAAAACCCUACCAUCGGCUGCCUUCAUCGGCAAGUGCGACGAGGCAUUGGCCGAGAAGAUCAGCACCUGGGAUUUCGUUGAGCGGGACCCCGGCUCGGGCCCGCGCCUGAACGCCAUCCUCAACCUCGACGAUUUCGAGAAGGCGGCCAAGGCCUACCUCUCCCCGGAGGCCUGGGCCUACUACUCGUCCGGUGCCGAGGACGAGAGGUCCCUUGGUGAGGCGCGGGACAUUUUCUCCCGCGUUACGCUUCGGCCGCGCGUUCUCCGGGACGUGAGCCGCAUCGACACCUCGCGGGAGAUCCUGGGCCGGUUCUCGCCGCUCCCCAUCUACAUCAGCCCUACCGGCCAGAGCCGCUACGCCCACCCGGACGGCGAGCUCUGCAUCAGCCGCGCCUGCGGCGGUGAGGGAAUCCUCUGGUGCAUGCCCACGACCGCCAACCACGACAGAAUCUGCCGCGGGCGCGUCCACCCCCAGCAGCCGCUGGCCCUGCAGCUAUAUACAGGGAGGGACUAUGAGAAGACGCGCGCACUCCUCCUCCAGGCCAAGGCUCUUGGCGUCAGCGCCAUCUUCCUGACCGUCGACAGCCCCGUCAUCGGCCGUCGGGAGCGGGACGACCGCGUCAAGGUGGCCAACGGCGAGGACGUCCUGGUGGCCCAAGGCACCGCCAAGGCCGGCAGCCUUCACCUGCUGAACCCGAGCCUGACGUGGGAGGACCUCGGCUGGAUCCGCGAGACGACGGGGCUGCCUCUGGUCCUCAAGGGCGUGCAAACGGUGGAGGACGCCGUCGAGGCCUACAACCGCGGCCUCGACGGCAUCGUGCUGUCGAACCACGGCGGCCGGUCCUUGGACACGGCGCAGUCCCCCAUGAUGGUGCUGCUCGAGAUCCGCAAGCACGCGCCGCACCUGGUGGCGGACGUGGCCGUCAGGCGCAGGUUCCAGGUCAUGGUCGACGGCGGCUUUCGCCGCGGCACCGACAUCAUCAAGGCGCUGGCGCUGGGCGCGUCGGCCGUCGGGAUCGGCCGCCCGUCGCUGUAUGCGCUCACGUGCUCGUACGGCGAGGAGGGCGUGGCCCGCAUGAUCAACAUGCUGCGCAACGAGAUCGAGACCAGCAUGGCGCUCUUGGGUGCCAGCAGGCUGGAUGAGCUGGUGCCGGCCAUGGUGAACAUCGAGCGCCUCGAGCACGAGGUGCAGCCCAGGAGCAGACUGUGAAUAGGCGGGGAGGAAAGAUGGAUGGGGCAAUGGGACCAUGUUCAUGCGAGGAAUACUGCGGAAUGCCACGGCUACCUACAGGUAUGCAGGCAGAAGCUGCCGGUAGGGCAAUGACGGGGUACAUGUGGCCUUGGAGGAAAUGCCAUGGCGCCGCCGAGAUCGGCGAUCCAAUCACAGGGCGGGAGGGCUUCCUGAAGAGGCAAUCAACCGAUCUUUUGUUGGUGGUGGGCGAGGAGGCGCCUGUAAAACCUUGAAGGCGGCGACCACAUGGCCAGGGCCAUUUGGGACGCGAAACCACGUUGCCAGUAAAAAAAAGAAAGAAAGAAAAAGGGGAUAAAAAUACACAACACCCACACAUGGGGACAAUGAUGAACGUCUUGAUUUCUGACCCCCACAAAGCUGGGGGUCGGGUUGGUGUCG